AUGGAAUCACUUCAGACAAGCAAUCAAUCCUUCGAAGAAAGAUUGGAAGAAAAUGAUGAAACAAAUGAUGUAGAAUUGACAACGGAAAGCAUUAAUGAAGGCGGUCUAUUACCAUUGUCACUAAAUGAGAAUAUUAAUAAUUUGGAUAGUGUGAUUCAACAAUAUCAAAAAAUAAAUUAUCCUAAUGAAUUUAGAGGCAUAGUUACAGAUUUGGGAAGAAGUUUAGGAGUAUUUAAAGACAAAGAUGACAUUCUGAGAUGCAAAGGCAGGAUGAUAUUAGCUGAUUUAUCAUAUGACCAGAAAUGCCCAAUUUUACUACCAAAAAAUUGUAAAUUGACAGAACAUAUUAUAAAAUCUAUUCAUGAGGAAAACUACCAUGUAGGCACUUCACACACAUUAAAUCUUAUCCGCCAGAAGUACUGGAUACCUCAAGGAAGGUCCCAAGUUCAAAAAGUAAUCAAAAAAUGUUUUCAGUGUCAAAAAUAUGGAGGAGGACCAUACAAACUCCCUCUAAUGCCAGAUUUUCCUGCCGAAAGGGUUAACUAUGAGAAUUCAUUUACAUAUAUGGGUUUAGAUUAUCUGGGGCCACUACUUAUAUCUAAUGACAGGAAAGAGAAACAUAAAAUGUGGAUAUGCAUAUAUACCUGCUUGGUUACUCGAGCUAUUCACUUGGAAGUAGUUCAAGAUUUAACCACAGAACAAUGUGCAUUAGCACUAAGACGUUUUUUUGCAGCUAGAGGAAUAUCAAAAUUAAUUUUAUCUGAUAAUGCUUCCCAAUACAAAUUAACAGCUGAUGCUUGUCUCUGGUCCCUUUUGUUUAGGAAAUAA